AUGUCAGCACCCCAUCAAGACGAGGAAAAUCCCAGUCUCAACAGUCUGAUCGAUAAGAUUACAUGUUCUUUAAAAUACACUACUAUCGAUGAUGCCAUUUCACUUAUAAAGGAAUUAGGUCUCAACGCCUGGCUUAUGAAAACGGACAUUACGGAUGCAUUUAAGGUGUUACCAAUUAAACCAGAGUUGUGGCCUUAUCAUGGUAUUAAGUGGGACAGGAAACACUAUUUUUUCAAACGUUUAGUUUUCGUUAGUCGUUCCAGCCCUAAACUAUUUGAUACUCUCUCUCGGGCGGUUUGUUGGAUAGCCCAAAACAAAUAUAGGAUACAACAUAUCUUGCAUCUACUAGAUGAUUUCCUUGUCAUUGAACCAGCGCAUGUGGACGCGUCAGGAACUAUGAAAAACUUUCUAGAUGUGUUUAGAGACCUAAAUAUUUCUAUUGGAGCACAUAAGACUGUCGGACCGGUUAAUGUUUUAGAAUAUUUAGGUGUGUUCUUGGACUCUAAGUGUAUGGAAUCCAGGCUACCAGCUGAUAAAGUGACCCGUAUUACUAGUGUUUUAGAGUCGUUUGCUUGCAGGAAGUCUUGCACUAAGCGUGAGCUACUUAGUUUAUUAGGUCACAUGAAUUUUGCCACCAGGUGUGUGAAGCCUGGGAGGUCCUUCAUGUCUCAUCUUAUAUCUCUCUCAACGACUGUGCGCGAGCUUCAUUACCGUGUUAAACUCACCGAGGAAUGUCGUUCCGACCUUAGUAUGUGGGCUCAUUUUCUAAGGAAUUGGAAUGGUGUUUCCUUUUUCCUAGACGAUCAUAUAACCUCUUCCGCAGAUCUCCACUUGUUAACUGACGCUACAAAUCAAGCUUUUGGUGGAAUUUACAGGAAUCAAUGGUUUAAGGGAGCGUUUCCAGAGAAACGUGAUCAACCUUCCAUGGCUUUGUUUGAACUUUACCCCAUUGUUAUGUCGUGUAUGCUAUAUGGGGUCAUCAGUGGACCAAGAAGUGGAUUUUGUUCCACUGUGACAAUAUGGCCACUGUUGAUAUUAUUUCCAAAGGGAGCUCCAAAAUUAAGAGUAUUAUGA